AUGCCCCAAGAAAGAAGGGACAGAAGAUGGAAAGAAAACAUCAAGAAGUACCAGGCCAUCCUACGCGACCAGGGCGACUUCAAAUUUGUGCCGAUUGCGAUCGAGGCCGGCUCGGGCGCCUGGGGCUCGAAGUUCCGGAAGUUCUUUAGCAGCGACCUUAUGUCCACGACGGACCCACAAACACCACCACACGUGCGCACUUUUACCUCCAUGCACAGCAGCACGUACUGGCGGCAAGUGUUGUCCAUCGCGAGAUGCAAGGCUGAGUGCUACGCGAACCUCCGGUGCAUCGGCCAGAUGCCUCACGACAAGCGGGGCAAAAACCAGCCGGGCUCGGUCCGGGCGGGAGACACACACACUCCCCGCCAGAGCACCCAGACGGUGCAGCGGGCGCGCGCUCAAGCCCAGCGCAACCACCAACAGGGCAAGCGCACCCGCAAGCGCAAGCGUCCGCAGACCACACCCCCCGGCCACAGCGGCCAGCGCAGCAAUGACAGCAACAACGGCACUGCUGCCACCGCCGCUGCCACCGCCACCACCGACAACGAUGAGGGACAGCCACGCAGCGCCCCAGUGACCUCACGAAGCCCCGGUGGCCCGGCCGCAACAGAGCCCCCUGCAACUGUCUAAGCGACAGUCGCAGCACUACACAUGAGCCUCGCACCGAGGCACUUGGUUUCUAUCUAUCUAUCUGUUGAUUCACUUUUCUUUCUGUCUAUGAGGCGCGUGCUCUCACACACAUUCACCCAUACGCACCGCUGCCCUUUGUUUUGCCGCAAUUGCCUUCCCCA